UCCAACUUUCAUUUCUCCUGCUGGUUAUAUUCAGUGGACCAACUGGCUACUUGCAGCAAAAUAUCUGAACACGUAAACUAAAUGCUAGAUUUUAGGCUGCCAUAAUGAGUGAAGAGUCUUCUGAAAACAAUGAUGGAAGUCUAGAUAUCAGUACAGCAGCAGGAGAAGAAGGAAAACUCGUUCACAGGAUUCCAGCUCGAAUUCCCAGUUCCCUCAUACGUGCCAAAAAGGGUCUUUCUGUGACUGUGGAUGAAGCAAGAUUUCUGGAAAAACCACCCCUAUCUUACAUAGCCUUAAUUGCAAAGGCAAUUCUUUCUUCCCCUACAAAUAAAUUGAAUUUAGCUGCUAUCUACAAAUAUAUUGAAGAUAACUUUCCUUUCUACAGGAACAAAGGUCAAGGCUGGAGGAACAGUGUAAGGCACAACCUUUCACUAAAUGACUGUUUCAUCAAGGUGGGAAGAUGUGAGGAUGGCAAAGGAAACUACUGGAGUAUUCACCCAUCAAACUUAAAUGACUUUGUUCAUGGGGACUUCAGGCAACAUCGAAGGUCGCGGAAGCGAGGGCGUUUAAAAGAGCUGGAGCAUUGCCUUGCUAUGAAUUAUUUCAUGCCAUGGGGACACUAUCCUUCCUACCCAGCAUCACAGUGGCUUUACCAAACACAUUAUUUUCUGGAUCCUCUGUGGAAAAUGCUGAAUGCUGACAAACUGCAGUUUGUGCAUGAAUAUCAAAAGUGGAAUGUAAACAGUGAUUCAAUCAUGGGGAAUUUUUCACCUCCACUGCAGACUGAAAAAAGACAUGGCAUUUUUGUGGACUGUUUUUAUGGAUCUCCUGCUACUUCAGUUAUGCAGCAGAACAUUUUCCUAAGUAUUCAACAGGGUUUUCCUAAUUCCCUUUUCUUUUCCACUCAAAAGCAGCAGCAAAGUGAAGCAUUCAGACACAUCUGUAAGUACUAGAAAGUAUUUGAAGUGUAGUAACUUUGCAGGCAGGCUGGGAGUCUGUCAAGAUAACAAUGUAUUAAUAUGUCUUGCAUAUUUUUUAAUACUUGUAUAUGUUUAAAGGCAGCAAAAGAACUUAUUUAUGCAAGCCAGUGAUUAUGAAUGAGUGUAUUAACUUUGAACUUACAACAAUGAAUAGUGUUUUUAAAUUUCUACUGGUUAAUGGCCUGCAUAGGUUAUUUUGUAUAAGAGUAAAUCCAUUAGCACUAACCAAUAAAAUUAUUUUUAAGUUGUCCUGUA